UUCAUCAUCCGUUCAUGCCGUUGCAGCUGUCCACACGUGCUUACGUGGAGAUCGUUGUCAUUUUUAUAUUUGUCGAAACGCGAGUGAUGAACCACAAGAGCAUUGCAUAGAAUAAACAACAAGCAUUAAAGCAUAUAACAAUGCAGCAACAAACGCCUUCUUCGAGUAGUGGUAUCCCAGCGCCGCCGAAACCAAGGCAGGUGAAGUUGACGAAUCCGUUGCUUUCGGCCGCGGCUACCACUGACUUUCCUUUCCCAGGAAUUAUUCCUAUGCCGGUCACACCUGCUAGUCCAGCUAUACUUCGGAAGGAACUUGAUCCACCUGUCGAGCUCGAUAAUUUUAUUAGCCAAGGGCCGCCAAAACCACCAACACCAGUUUUACAAGAUCCUUCACCGCCUCAACAGCAACCACAUCAACAACAAGAACCUCAAAAGCAAGGUUACUUUUCGUCGAUACUUUCUUCAUUGCCAAACCUCUCAUUGUCUACGAUCACCAGUGAAGAUUCAAGACUUCAACCACUACAGCAACAACCGCAGCAUCAUAAUUCACGUACGAGUCAAUAUUUAUAUCCAACAGGAGCUAAUCAUCCACCGAGUCAGGGUGAUUUUAACGCUGGUCCGCCUACAUUAUCGCAACAACAGCAGCAACAGCAAUCAACACCAAAACCUCCUCCUUCUGGCUUUCCACCUAGCGGAGGUGCCGGAUCAUACCGUUUGGGCAACCAACGUCGUUUGAAGUAUGCACCACCGCCAGAUCUAACAACCUCGCCUCAGCAACAUCACUGUCAGCCACUAUCAUCACCAAUCAUAUCGUUUCCAUCAGCGCCAAACACAGCACCACCGACGUUCUUCAAUCCAGCUUCUGGUCAGACUCCACUUUUAGAUACUUACAGUCCUUCAGCACCACCACUGAGUGCACAAUCGAGCCAAGGCAGUUCUUUGCACAAUUCAUUCAGAAAUAGCCCAGUCGGUACGUCUCACAGUAGUGUACCUAGUUUUCAAUCAUCGACAGCUCCGCAGUCCAUACCUUUGAGAUUACCUGAACCGGCGACUCCACAGAAUACACCUGCCGAUUUUGCAUUCUCAGGAUUUAGUGCUUACAGACAGCAGCAGGUAGAAGUGUUAAACCCAUUUGCUGAACCAUCUAAGAGUAUAGUAGCGCAAACUGCUACUUUAUCUUCGAUUAAAGAGGGUAUUACAAGCUCGGAGGAUAAAACAUUCACACCAAUUUCCGCGGCAAAAGUUACUGAAAAACUCGAAAAUUUCAUUGCUGAGCAGAAUGAUGAUACUUUAUCAGUCAAGUCGGAAUUAUCGGCAGAAGUAGCUACGAUUACAGCUGGUAUUGUCGCACAGGAGAAACAGAAACAAAUUAUAGAGGAGUUGACGGAGAUUGAUUUGAAUGCGACUAGUAGUUCAGAAGUAUUGCUUAGCGAGAAUGAGACGCAACAGUCGUUGAUUGUAGAACAAGAGCAGAGCUUGGAAUCACUAGCUGUACCUUCGGCGAUUGGACUUUUCGAGGCAGAUACUAGUGUACCAAAUUUUUCAUUUCAACAGUCGCAGCAACAACAACAAUCACUUACUAAUCCUUUUUCGGAGCAGCAACAGCAAGCUAAUACCGAUCUUUCCUCGUUCCAAAAACGACAGCAGCAGCAGUCUGCUACGGAUCCUUUCUCAUUUCAGCAACAGCAACAGCAGCAGCAGCAGCCACCGCCACCGCCGCCGCCGCUGCCGCAACAACAACAGCCGCAGCAAUCGCAAUCAGUUUCCGAUCCCUUUGCGCUCGUUCAGACAUCGUCUACGUCAAGAUUUACUAAUAAUAUACCGAAUUUAUCGGGACCGCCAAACAUCGAUUCGAGUAGUUCGCAAAUCGAACAACAAAAAAACGAUGGCGAUCUAGUAGACUUGAUGCCACAAUAUAUAUGGGGUUCUAAUGAGACUUUGAAUUAUCCGUCGGUAUUAAAUCCAAUUUACGGUGCGUCGCAACAGCAAGCACCAGCUUUCUUCAAUUCCUCGCAAUUUGAAAAUACUUCGCAUUCAUUCUCACCAACAUCCGCGAACACAUAUGCACCAUCACCUACGAGAAUCAAUAGCAGUUCAAGUGUGCAACUGUCGUCAAUUUCAUCAAAUAACUUUCAUGCAGUACCAGAGCCUACGGGAUCAGCAACGCUCAGCCCUGUACAGAUGUCCGUUAGUCCUCUGACGAGUCGCUCGCCACAAGACACUGUUCCUCCAAGUUUACAAAAUUUAGCAUCAGGUCUUCCAGAAAGACAAAUGCAGUACCGGCCGGUAUAUCAUCACUGGUUUUACCGCCGUGAGGUAGAAGCCAAAACACUAUGGAUUCCAUUUUCUAUGCACGACAGUUUGAACCUCGAAGAUAUUCACAACUCCAACGAAAUUAGUCCGGAAACUAAAGUUGCAACCGAUGGAGGCAGAUACGAUGUCGAAAUUUUGAGACGCCAGCGUUCUCCAGUAUACUGGACAGGCCCUGUAGCCGAAGUACGUCGUUGUUCGUGGUUCUACAAAGGCUCAACUGAGUCGCGUUAUAUACCAUAUGAAGAAAGCGUUGCUGCUAGAUUAGAAGAAGAAUUUAAGCAAGCUUGUACCACUAAUGUUUGGAACAGGCGAGUAGAUCUUAACAAUGGCGAGUACAUUAUUUUCCAUAGUUCAACAGUCCAGGCGCAUUAUCUACAAGCAACCACUCCAGAAUUAGCUGCGUCGUGGGGAAAUAAUACGGGUUCAGAAGACAAUGCGUAUUUGCAGGGAAACACUAGUCGACCUAAGGUCGUUAAACGAGGCCUUGAUGAGUUCAACAUUGAUGAUGGCGAGCCUGAAAGAGUAGACCAUUUGUUGUUUUUGGUUCAUGGAAUUGGAAGUGUUUGCGAUCUAAAAUUUCGCACUGUUGAAGAAGUUGUUGAUGAGUUUCGUAGUAUAUCACUACAGCUGGUACAAUCUCACUAUAAAAACUCUAGUGAACAAGGCAUCGUAAAUCGUAUUGAGGUUCUACCAAUUUCAUGGCACGCAACAUUGCAUUCAGGCAUUGACAAGAAACUUCAAGUUAUCACUUUAGAGAGCAUUCCAAAAUUGCGCCACUUUACCAACGAUACACUCCUCGACAUACUUUUCUACACGAGUCCUAUUUACUGUGAAACAAUCAUGCAAACCGUUGGAAACGAACUAAAUCGAUUAUACUCUUUAUUCAGACAACGAAACCCUGAGUUCGAAGGUAGUGUAUAUUUGGGUGGACACUCGUUGGGAAGUUUGAUUAUGUUCGAUUUGCUGUGCCAUCAAAAACCUUCUACUAAGGAGGAAAAGGAAACUAAUGAUGAAGCAGAGAUUACUAAAGAUACGACUACGGAAGACGUAUCAUUCAGCAAAGCUCUAGCAGCCCCAGUACUAAAACGCAAGCUCAGCAAAAAAGUGAGCUAUGUAAUGGGCACAGCUGGCACUGGACAGCCGUUCAUCAACUACCCACAACUAGCGUUCGAGCCACGAGCUUUCUUCGCACUCGGCAGUCCCAUUGGUAUGUUCGUGACAGUACGUGGUAUCGACACUCUUGGCGAAGACUUCCAGUUACCAACAUGCCCAGCUUUCUUCAAUAUAUUCCAUCCCUUCGAUCCUGUUGCCUACAGGGUCGAGUCACUUAUUAAUUCUGAAGCACAUAAGUACAGGCCUAUGCUUAUUCCUCAUCACAAAGGCAGGAAACGAAUGCAUUUAGAACUGAAAGAAACAAUGGCACGAGUUGGUGCUGAUUUAAAACAACGACUACUAGAAUCUGUGAGAAGUACAUGGAAUUCUGUGUAUCAGUUAGCUAUGUUUCAUAAACAAGAUAACCAGCAGACUUUAGAGCAAGAGAUUGAAAAAGUAGUUGAAGAACAGAUGAACAAACCUCCAACGGAAGCGAUGCAAUCGACGACUGCCGACGAUGCUGGUACCGAUUUGAAAGUUGGCAAACUGAACGGUGGCCGAAGAAUCGAUUAUGUACUCCAAGAGGCUCCUUUUGAGUAUAUUAAUGAGUACUUAUUCGCAUUAACCAGUCACGUUUGCUAUUGGGAAUCAGAAGAUACGAUGCUUUUAAUUCUUAAAGAAAUCUAUGGCUCUAUGGGUAUUCAGACUGAUGCACAAUUACCGCAGCAAAGUUUAUCCAUCGAACGUGUUUCGAUACCGUCGGUUUCAACUAGUCCCAGCAAUGUUACUUCACCUACAGCGCCUUAUGGUAUGGAUCCAACAGUGCCUAUAUCAUUAAAAAAUGUUGGUCCACCUCCGAUGACAGGUUUCGUUAGAAAAUCUUGAUCUAACAUGAAAUCGCAUUAUCAAUGACCUAUAAACAACUAUUUGUAGUUGACAUUAAAAUCAAAAGUUUGAGUUAUUAGUUAUGACGCAUGAGUCAGUAUCCAAAUUAUUAAAAACAAUGGCAAACAUAAAACUAAGUUUAAUAAGGACUAUAACUCGAAUGCUAAUGUUAAACAUAUUUGCUCCACUUACAUUAUUCAUUUUUAUAUCAAAUUGCCAAACUAAUCAAAGCAAAUAAGUAUGAGUAUGAAAUCGAUUGCAGAUUUACAUUAAAUUGUAUUUAAAAUUGUUAAGUUUGAAAUGAUAGACCAUUUGCUAAUGCUCGUUCAGGCCCUAAGAAAUACUAAAAUC